AUGACAGAGAAUGAAAAUACAACUUACUUAACGGCUAACGAAACCAAGUAUUCAAAAACUAGGCGUGGUCAUAAAGAAACUAAAGAAGCUUAUAUUAAGAGGAUUAGUAACGAGAAAAUAAUAGAUUUCAUCUGUUGGAAUAAGAUUAAUAAAGGAGAAUUCCUUGAAGCUGGAGGUUCUGGGGUCAUUACAAAAGCGGAAUUGAUAGAAAAUAAUUUAACUGUCGUUUUGAAGACAGUAGCAAUUAGUGAAGAAACAAAUUCAGACAAUGAUGAGUUCAUUAAAGAGAUUAAAGCUUUUCAUAAUAUUGGAUUGGUACAUUCAGGUAUAACGAAUGGAGAAAAUAAAGGAAAAACAUCUCUCAUAGGAUAUGAAAAUGUAAUCAAAUUUUAUGGUGUAUCAAGUUUCUCUCAAAUUGCGAUAUCUAGCGACGAAAAAGAUCUUUACCUGAUACUUGAGUACGCAGAUCUUGGUAAUUUGCGAUUUUAUUUGAGUAAAAAUACCAUAAAUUGGGAGCAGAAGGUCAAAAUUGCAAGGCAGAUUACCUGUGGCCUAUAUUUUUUGCAUACAAAUGGAAUUUUACAUCGUGACUUACAUACUAAAAAUGUGGUUAUUCAAAAGGAUGGUGAUAGCGUUAAGGCCAUUAUUACGGAUUUUGGAGUUUCAAAAGUUCUUCCUCGUAAUAGUAAAUCAAAGCAAAAGUUAACAGGAUGCGUACCAUUUGUAGACCCUAAGAGAUUAAAGGAUAAUAAUGAGGCACCUGAUAAAAGUUCUGAUAUAUAUAGUCUUGGCGUCGUUAUGUGGGAAAUCACAAGCAAUGGCCGGCCUCCAUUUGCGUUUAACAAUUGUCAUCUCGUUUCAAUUUCACUCCAAAUAAUUAAAGGAAAGCGGGAAACCCCAAUAAAUGGGACCACCAAUUCCUAUAUUGAGCUUUAUACAAAUUGCUGGAAUGGGAAUUCUAAAUUACGACCAGAAAUUGGACAGGUAUAUGAAUUAAUAUAUCAAGAAAAGAUAAUAUCAGGUGAAAAGUGUUUUUCUGGUACAGAUAUUGGUCAAAUACCAUACAAAUUAGAAUCUAAUAAAAACAACGACGAGCAAAUUUCUAAGAAGCUGCUUGAGAUGUUCGAUCAACUUUCUACUGAAGACCUUGAUAUAUUUGCUACUAAAGAUCCUGACGAAAUGGGUCGUUUAGUUCUAGAUGCCGCUCAAAAAAAAAAAAUAGCCAAUUCAGAAAAAAAUGAACACAGAUAA